CAAGUAGUCGUUUACGAUGCCAGAUCUUCGUAAAAAUGGAUUUUAUAUUUUGCCCAGUACUUGCAAAUCUCCACAGGAAGAUGGCGUGUUUUUGUUUCCCACAUUGGGACCACCGGAAACCACAUAUGCGUUAGAAAAUGAUAGCGACGAAGACAGCGGUGAUGAGGAAAACAGUGAUUAUAUGAAACCUAGAAGACAACAAUGGUCGAACAAACUGCAAUUUGUACUGGCUUGCGUUGGAUAUAGCGUUGGGCUCGGUUCGAUAUGGAGGUUUCCUUAUUUAUGUUACAAAAGUGGAGGAGCUGUGUUUCUCAUACCAUACGCCAUCAUAAUGAUAUUUAUUGGAGGACCAAUGCUUUACAUGGAGUUAGCAGUUGGCCAGUUCACAGGAAGAGGUCCCAUAGGAGCUUUGGGUCAUUUGUGUCCUUUAUUGAAAGGUACCGGAAUAGGAAGUGUAGUGGUAUCAUUUCUUCUUUCCACAUAUUACAGUGUGAUAAUAGCCUAUGGAAUUUUCUACUUUUUCACCUCGUUCAGGGUCCAGCAGCCUUGGGAGAACUGCAGUAAUCGAUGGAACACCAAAUACUGUUGGGACUCGCACAAGCAAAGAUCGAAUAUCAUUAAACCUAACUUCACCCAUUCUGCUGCCGAGGAAUUUUACGAUACGAAAGUCCUUCAGAUAGGCAAGGGUAUCGAAGACAUGAACAAUCUCAGAUGGGAACUGGUGGCUUGUUUGAUUUGCGCUUGGAUACUCAUCUACUUCGCCAUAUGGAAAAGCAUCAAAUCAUCAGCUAAAGUUAGAUAUUUCACAGCGACAUUCCCGUUUGUUAUAAUCGUAGUUUUAUUAAUCAAAUCUCUAACUUUGGAGGGAGCCGACAUGGGAAUGAGAUAUUUCUUCAAGCCCAAAUUCGAGCUACUUUUGAAAGCAGAGGUUUGGGUAAACGCAGCUAGUCAAACUUUCAACUCAAUGGGUUGUGCUUUCGGAUCUAUGAUCUGCUUCGCAAGUUAUAACAAGUACAAUAAUAGCAUAUUACCGGAUACUAUAGCAGUAUGGGUGGUUAAUAGUAUAACGAGUUUAAUGGUAGGAAUAUUCGCCUUUGCCACGAUAGGCAAUAUAGCAACCGAACAAGGAACUUCUAUCGAAGAUGUUAUCGACGAUGGUCCUGGUCUGAUAUUCGUGGUGUAUCCCCAAGCGAUCGCCAAGAUGCCGGCCGCCCAACUCUGGGCCGUUUUCUUCUUCUUCAUGCUGAUCUGCCUGGCCUUAAACAGCCAAUUCGCCAUCGUUGAAGUCGUAGUGACGUCGAUCCAAGACGGUUUUCCGGGAUGGAUAAAGAAGAAUUUGCUGUGUCACGAGAUUUUGGUAUUGAUUAUCUGCGUGGUAUCGUUUCUGUGUGGGAUACCAAACGUUACGCAGGGAGGAAUCUACUUUUUCCAACUCAUCGACCACUAUGCAGCGUCCAUAUCCAUAAUGUACCUUGCCUUUUUCGAAGUCAUAGGCGUCACCUGGUUCUACGGGGCCUGGAGGUUAAGCAAAAAUGUCAAAACGAUGACCGGUAGACAUCCUGGAUAUUUCAUCAAGUUCUGCUGGAUGACGGCAACGCCUCUUAUGAUAUUCGCUUUGUGGGUAUUCCUGAUAAUAGACUACGAACCACCUACUUAUAACAAUAAACAUUAUCAUUAUCCUGUGUGGGCUGUGGUGUUGGGAUGGCUUAUAGCUGCUGUAUCAAUUCUUUGUAUACCAAUCACAAUGGUAUUUGUGUUACUAAAAGCUCCCGGAACAACAUUUAUGGAGAAAUUCAAACAUUCCAUAAAGUCGGACCUGACUGAAAAAUGUCCCAAAUGCAGCGAACUAGACUGCGAUUGCAUAUUAGAGGAUUCCGAUACGGGAUCAAUGCUUGUGGUGAAACCUUCGGCCGAUAUAAAAAUCAUGCAGAUGGACAAUAACAAAGAGUCCACGCCUUUGUUCGCGGCCGCCAGUAGUCCAAAUCUACAGGAUGCGCCGGAAAUGGAGCUCGUGAAACCCAGUGAAACGCUUAGUGAAUACGAUAACGUUACAGAACUUGAAAAUAAGAAAAACGUUGAAUAAGAUAAAUGAAACGCUUGUUAUAAAAUACAUUCCAGAUUAAAGUAUUAAAUUUUUGAUUUAUUUUAAGCGAUUUUUAUUAUUUGGAUGAGAUGAAAUCUAGAGAUAUAAUUGAAAAUAUUUAUGUACCCCAUAGAACUAACACUUCUAAUUGUGAAAAGCUCUUUGAGACGAUUGAAUCCUCAAAUAUUUUAGUCAGGGGGUGAUUUCAUUGAUAAACAACUACUAGAUUAAUUUUGUUUACAAAAAUCGAAUUGCAAACAUUCAUCUACAGUAGUUGUCAAAUUACUAUGAGAGCAUGUGGAAGAG